UGUGCUCGGCUAACAAGCUGACUGAUUCACUUUAACUACACCACGGCCUGCAGCCUGCUCCUGUGUGCACCUGAGGACUAAAGACCAGAAAAGAAAAAGCUGUACGUAAUCUUCUUCUGGCAGGCAGCAUGGAUUUGGUGUCCUCCAUCCUGUCCACCCUCUCUCUUCCUCAUAUCUCUGCCCUGGCCCCUGACCCUGACCCUGAUCCUUCUAUCUCUCCAUCUUCCCCCUCUCCUCCUCACUCUCAGCAUUCUGAAGCUCUGUGUGGCAGCUGCCCGUCCUCUGGUUCUGCCCCACAGGCUAACAGCAUUUGGCCGAGCCUGCCGCAGCCCGGAGCUGGUUUCCCUGCAUGGCCAGGACAACCAGGACAGUCCACCCAGCCUGCACCGUGCUGGACUGGCCAGCCAAACACACCCUGCUGGCCUGGGACAACACCAGCUCCGGUAUCUGUCCCUCAAGCCAUGACACCAGCCCCUGCACCUAGCACAAACGUAGUUCAAGCUCCAGCUCAAGUUCCAGCUCCAGCUGCAGGGCAGCCCUGCCAGCCCUGCUGGCCAGGCACCCAGUACCAACCUUCCCAGUACCAACCUCCCCAGUACCAACCUUCCCAGUAUCAGCCUCCUCAGUACCAGCCUCCUCAGUACCAGCCUCCGCAGUAUCAGCCUCCCCAGCAACCAGCUCCAGUUCAAGCUCAAGUCCCUACUCAAAUUCCAGCUCCAACUCCAGUUUCAGUCCCAGUCCCAGCACCUGCUCCUGCUACCAGCAUCCGUCCAAAUGUACCAGGAUGGCCUGCCCACCCUGGCUGGCCCUAUAACCCAGGACAGUCAGGAUGGCCUGGGCAGAGUCCAUCUGCCAUGCCUCCACACUGGCUUCCACCCACAUCUGGACCUCUUAGUGUGCCAUACAACUUGAACCUGGCCCGAGGGAUCUAUGACAAGAUGAUGAUGACCAUCUUGGGCCAUGUCAAACCCAAUGCAAAAAUGUUCACAGUGAACUUUCUGAGAGGCAACGACAUCGCCUUUCACAUCAACCCCCGCUUCAGUGAGGGGGGCAAACAGGCGUUGGUCCGUAACCACAAACUGGCUGAGCGCUGGGGACCAGAGGAGAGGGACCUGAAUGGACCCUUCCCCUUCGCUCAAGGGAGCCCAUUUGAGAUGAAGAUCCUGUGCACUCAAGAGACGUUCAGGGUGGCAGUGAACAACAUCCCACUGUUUGAGUUCCGACACCGAAUCAGAGAGCUCAACCAGAUUGACAGAAUCAACAUCCUGCAUGAUGUCGUCCUCACCUGCGUCAAUGUGGAGACACUUCCAUAGGAAGCACACUAUUACUCAUGCAGUACAUGAAUCAAUACAUCGAGGACACAGACAUGUAUGAGCAUGUUGUAAAUGCACAUGAGCAGAAAUGCAUACAAAGACACAUAUAAAAAUGUAUCAGGAAGCUUCAAGAUCGAACAAAUGUGUUAAUACGGGAUGUCAUAUUAAUUAUGGCAUGAGCUGAGCUCAUUCUAUAUGCUACUUCCUCUACCACAUAGCUAACAUUUAAUACAUAUACAAACAUUCCUAUUCUCUAUGCAGAUGCUACUGUAUUUGUUGUAUACAAUAGUUUCUAUAUUAUUAAAUUGCUACUAACUGAGAAUUAUAGAUGUGUUAAUAUUGCCAUAAAAAAAACAAUACUGUCUAUUAGAUAUCCAUUAGGGUUCUGUUAACUGUACUAAUUCUUAAAUAAAACUAUCAGUCAAAAAUCUG